AUGGCCUCUGGUGUGACCGCCGCCAUCCCAGCCCAAGCUCGUGCCAAGCAGCUCCGGGCGUGUCUACUAUGCUCGAUCAUCCAGACGCCCGCAGAUUUUCGUAAAAACGGGUGUCCAAAUUGCGAGGAGUUGAUGCAGAUGAAAGGCUCGCCGGACCGCAUCCAAGUAUGUACGACGACAUAUUUUGACGGGGUUAUUGCUGUGGUGGAUCCCGAGCAGAGCUGGGUGGCGAGGUGGCAGCGGAUAUCGAAGUACGUGCGCGGCAUGUAUGCGGUACGGGUAAAAGGCCGAGUCCCGGAGGACGUAGAGGCAGAGCUCGAAGCGCGGGGUAUCAAGUAUCGGCCAAGAGACCAGACGGACCAGGAUUAGGACGCCUCCGUAUGGUUUUCUUGUUUGCUGUUCAGUGUGUAUUCUAUGUCUCAUCAGGUGUAUCAAUAACCUUGGUUAUGGUCUGGCGAGCGCCGAGCGGUAGUAAGUGGUCCUUGCAAUUGUCUGAUUGCCGCUGGGUAGG